AUGAGGGUUCUGACCGUACUAUGGACACUAUGUCUGGUAAGAUUAUGCAGUGCAGGCUUUUGGUGUUGUUCUGGAGGAGGUACCACUGAUGACGAUAAUGGACCUUAUGGUGGAUCUAAAGAGAAUCUCAGAAGUGCUCCAUCCAAACCUGUAGUUCCUCAGUCAACUGGACAAGCUGGUGGUACUACUCCCAUUACUCUAGAUCUUGCAAAGCCAGACGAGACAAAUAUACGUGUAGGUAACCAAUCUCGUGAUGAUGGAAUAAGCUACCGAGGAUUCAUACCAAAUAGUGGUCAUCAUAUAUCCUCUGUUGUUGAUGGUGGAUCUUCUGUUUGGAAGGCUGAGAAAAAUGAAAGGUGCAAAUUUGUAGAAUCACAUGGUGAAGUAUCCUCUGAAGAGGCUCCCGUAGAGGUUGCAUCCGAUACUGCUUUACAGGAGGGGGAGAAUGUGGACAAACCUGAGGUACCUCCAGAUGAAGACUCUGUAGUUCCUCAGUCAUAUGAACAAAGUGGUCUUGUUCUAGAUCUUUCUAACCCUGACCAGUCAAAAGUACAUAUAGGUGACCGCUCUGGUAAUGGAGUAAAUUCCAAGAAGUAUUAUCCAAAGGAUGGUGUCCUCGUAUCCUCUGUUGUUGAUGGUGGAUCUUCUGUUUGGACUGCUGGAACUGGAGAAAGUUCUGGGUUUGUAACUUCUUACACAAGGGGAGACUCUUCUCUCAUUACAAUAGGCAUAAGCAAAGGUAGUGACUCUAAGCUAGACUUUAAGUAUUUUGAAAAGAACGCUGAUGGUAAAUGGACUUCAAUGACUGAGAAGAAUGACUUUUUAAGGAAGCUUCAGGAAAUGAGAAAGUCUGUAUCACCUCCUAAUCCUUCUUCUACUACUACUCCAUCUUAA